CUCAUUCAUACACAAGGUGGACGACAUUAUGUUUCUAACUGCAUUUAUUGAAGACACGAUCAACAGCACAUCAAGCCCAGACUGACUACUAGGCUAACUGGCAUACACACAUCAUGGGACUCAGGACUGCGUCACAAAAGUGUAGUAAUGCGCUCUCGAUCUUUUACACCAUGUGACAGAAGUCAUGAAGGAGGACUCGUGGGAUCGGACACUUGUCUGCUCAUAAAUGGUGGACCCUUUGCAGUUUGCCUACCAAGCAAACAGGUCUGUGGAUGGCACGGUAAGCGUGGACAGCAACCCAGGCAAGAACCCCUCGGCGGUCCGGGGACCUGUUGGUGGAAUUCAGCUCUGUGUUCAAACAAUACAAUCUCCGAAAUCCUCUCUCCCAAGCUUCUCCAUCUCAGCAUCUUGCUUGCUAUCUGCCAAUGCAUUAAUAUAGUCCUGAUGGGCAGGACACAGCAGAUGAGGAUGAGGAACACUGCCUCAUUCACAUGCACCAUGAGCACCAGGGUGCCCCAAGGAUGUGUCCUCUUGCCGUUGCUCUUCUUUCCCUACACAAACGACUGCGUGUGGAGACACCCAACUUGCGGUAGUGAAUCUGCAUGUGCACAGGAAGUGGAGUGGCUUGAGCUUUGUUUCAGCCGAGUUAAGCGUGAGCUGAAAAUGUUCAGGACUAUAGAGGUGACUGUGGACUUCAGGAAACCACAGCUUGCCCUAAGGCUGUCCAACUGUCCUGUGUCAAUUGUCGCGACCUUCAAAUUCCUGGGAAUUACCUCGGGACCUCAAGUGGGAAACCAACAACAAUCCAUCCUUAAAAAGGCCCAGCAAAGGACGCACUCCCUGUGGCCUCCACUUCUGGCUUGCCACAAGAGUUGUUGAAGCAGUUUUACACAGCAGUCAUUGAUUCAGUCCUGUGUUCAGCCAUCACAGUAUGGUUUGGUGCUGCCACAAAAAAGGACAAACUCUGACUGCAACGGACAAUUAGGACUCCCAGAAAAGUCGUCAGUACCCUCCUUACCCACCCUUGAGGACUUGCACGUUAGAGAACUAAGAAAAGAACAUGCAAAAUCCUCUUCAACCCUCCACAUCCUUGUCACAACCUGAUCCAGCUCCUUCCCUCAGACAAUAAUAAAACCAAGAGACAUUCUUAUAGCCUCUAGCCAUUCAAUUGCUAGAGGCUAAGU